CCGACCCAGCGGCGGCGCCGAGAUGGUGAACGGACCGGACAUGAACCGCGAGCCGUGCCCGGACCGCAUCCUCGAGGACGCCGGCGGCGCCUUCGCGAUGGGCGCGGUGGGCGGCUCCGCCUUCCACUUCGUCAAGGGCCUCUACAACUCCCCCAACGGCCACCGCCUGGCGGGCGGCGCCACGGCCGUCCGCAUGCACGCGCCGCGCGUCGGGGGCAGCUUCGCCGUCUGGGGCACCCUCUUCUCCGCCUUCGACUGCGCCAUGGUCUACGCGCGGCAGAAGGAGGACCCCUGGAACUCCAUCGCCGCCGGCGCCUUCGCCGGCGCCACGCUCGCCCUGCGCCGGGGCCCCCUCGCCUGCGGAACUUCCGCGGUCUUUGGCGCCGCCUUCCUCGCGCUCAUCGAGGGCGCCGGGAUCAUGCUCAACCGCCUCGUGCCGGGGGACAUGGUGCAGUACCCUGUGCAGGAUGACGGCCAGCAGCACGCACCGGCGGCACCGCCACCUGGUUUCCUGGGACUGCCGCCGGCGCCGCCGGUCGUGGUUGAGGAGGUGAAGGUCCCGCUCGAUCAAGAGCAUGGCCGUACUGGGUGGCUUGGCGGUUUGUUCGGGAGGAAGCCGCGGGACAGCAAGGUUGCUGGUGGGGAUCGCAACCCGGAGUUGUUGCAGAUGGAUUUGCCCCCCACGGCGAUCCCCUCCUUCGAUUGAUCCGAGUGAAAAAUGUAAGGUUUUUCGUCUGAUUAUGCUCGUGAAUUGCACUAGGUUUAGAUUCUUUUUGGUGAAUAAUGCGGCCGUUUGUUCUGUGCUACGAUCGUGUUACGUUCUGCCGUGCAAAUUCAAGUGCGUGGUAUGGCUAAUAAGCAGAGCCGUCUCUUGGGUGUAAUACUGUGUUGAUCCAUGCCUAUUAAGGUAUUGCAAUGCUCUGGCUU